UUUAGAAAGGAAAAUAUUUAUUUGCAUCGAAAUUAAUAUGCAACGCCAAGCUACCUCCAUGAAGAGAAAUCUCUUCAAUCAGGAAUACCUAGAUGAACAAUUUAAUGAGCUGGAAGAACUGCAAGAUGAUGAUAACCAUAACUUUGUGGAGGAAGUUGUUAACCUAUUUUUCACGGAUUCAGUUAGAUUGAUCCGUAAUAUUGACCUUGCUCUGGAAAAUAGACCUUACGAUUUUGGUAGGCUGGAUGAUUUGAUGCACCAAUUCAAGGGUAGCAGCUCAAGCAUUGGUGCCAAAAGAGUGAAAAGAGAGUGUUCUCAGUUUCAGGAGUAUUGCAAUGAGAGAAAUAUCGAUGGGUGCAAGAGGGCAUUCCAAGGGGUGAAGCAAGAAUAUGCUAUUUUAAAAACUAGGCUUGAUGCUUAUUUUCAGAUAGCAAGAGAAGACUCUUGAAUGAAUCCUGGUAGCAAGAGAAGCCUCUUGAAUGAAUCCUGGUCAUCGGCAGUAUCAGAAUUAACAAAUGAGUCAAAUGUUUUGCAUCAAGUAUCUGUCAAAGAAUAAAUUAUAUACAUGAUAUAAUCAAAUAAAACUAUGCAGGACAUUUCAAAAUGUUGGGGGCAUUGUGUACUUAUAAAUACCUGUUGGUGCUGUUUAUUAAUGAAAAAAAAUGAAAAUCUUAUGUUUAUCUGCAAGGUCCUUUAUGAAAGUAAAUAGUUGUACUUUAGUUUCAAAACAAUAUAUUCUCAAAUGUAUUAGUAGUAUACAUGGCCGUCUCAACACGAUGGGGGACCUAAAGCCAAAUUUUAUU